AUGGCGUUUUCCGAAAAUUUGACCUUUUUAGUUCUAAUAUCAGCUGUCGUAGCUCAAUCGUCUGGUCCAAACCUGACGCCAAAUUUUAAUGUAAGGUUUAGAAAAGAGUGCACAAUAGCAGAUGGAAGAUCUGGGAUAUGUGUAGAUUAUACAAACUGUAAAAAGGAGGGAGAUGUUAUCGAGCGCGGAGGAAUUAUAGAUAUCAGUGAAUUAAGAUCAGGCGAUGCGUGUAGGGGUGGCUUAAACUGGUGCUGUUCCGAAAGUAAUAUUACAAAACCCCCGGAAGUUGUGAAUAAAGAAGAAUGUUUUGCUCGCGAUGGUGAUUUCUGCCCAUGGUGUGUUUCAUUAUAUAGAGGUGACGAAAAUAAUGAAAGAGCGGCUGAGCUUUUCUGCGCGGGAGUGCUUAUAGGAUCUAAAAUUGUUUUAACGACUGCUACCUGUCACGUUGUGUCUGUCUACCAAAAUGUUUGGGCUAAAAUACCAGACUCGGCAGAACCAGGAAAAAUGUAUCCAGUUACACACAGAAAACAGCACGACAAUUACAACUCAGGCUCACACGAGUACGACCUGGCAUUAUUUACAUUAGACGAUGAAGUGAAAUGGAACGAUCAACGAAAAGUUGCCUGUUUAGCUCUGACGUCACCCUUUAAGCCUGUCUGUUUCUCGUUUGGAUAUGACGCAAAUGAUAAAUUUGUUUCGACAUUAGUUGAAAUUACUAAGGGUAGCUGUACACCGGGAGCUGGUGAAACCGUUGACGUCUCAUGUGGUAAAACUAUUGAUGAUGAACCAUGUUUUGUGGCCACUGGAGCCCCUGUGAUUUGUGAGGAGGAGCCUAACAAAAUGACGGUGUAUGGCAUCGCCCGAAGCCCCUGUAGAAAGUCUGCAGCUCAAUUUGGCGCUAUUAAUCUAUCCUCAAAGUGGCUUGCAGAUGAACUGAAGGGUUAUGGCCUUAGUGAAGCGCAUUUUUUGCUACAAAAGUCAACCUAA